AAGAUUGGGGGAAAAGUGUGGCGUUGUGACGCUUCUCCUGAUGCGGGGUGAAACGGGAUAGUAACCGAGGAAGCAAAUCCCACCAACAUCAGCAUAGGGCUCAACUUUUACCACCGAUAUCUGCUGGAGCAGGAUAACUGUUCUUCAGAGUCUCCAACUGACGCAUUUCUUAACUACUUAGCUCGACUCCAAUAAAUAAAUAAAUAAAUAGUUUAAAAAUGGCACAGCACUUCAGAAGCGGGCCAGCUUUCGGACUUUCCGCGGAGGUGAAAAGCAAGUGAGGGAGAAAAACAACAAAUGAAGGCCUGAGCAGAAUUCCUUGGCCGGAGACGACGGCUGUCCGUCUUGCAUCCCAUAAACGGACGUGGUUAGCGUGUCUUGCACAGAAGUACAACCCUCAGAAGGAGGAGGAGCUUAGGCUUUGGAUCCAUGAGCUCACAGGGCGCAAAGUUCCCGACAACUUCAUGGAGGGCCUUAAAGAUGGAGUCAUCCUGUGCGAACUCAUUAAUGCUCUUCAGCCUGGCUCUGUGAGAAAGAUCAACAACUCCACUCAGAACUGGCAUCAGCUGGAAAACAUAGGCAAUUUUGUCCGAGCCAUUCAGGAUUACGGUCUGAGGCCGCACGACGUCUUUGAGGCAAACGACCUGUUUGAGAACACCAACCACACGCAGGUCCAGAGCACUCUGAUCACACUGGCUGGGAUGGCUAAAUCUAAAGGCGUCCAUACAAAAUCUGACUUCGGGGUGAAAUAUGCAGAGAAACAGCAGCGUCGGUUCGCCCCAGAGAAACUGAAAGAGGGCCGCAACGUUAUCGGCCUUCAGAUGGGGACCAACAAGUUCGCCAGCCAGAAGGGGAUGACAUCAUACGGCACAAGGCGUCACCUCUAUGACCCCAAAGCUGGCAUGGAAAAUCCUGUAGACCAGUCAACAAUCAGUCUGCAGAUGGGAACUAACAAAGGAGCCAAUCAGUCUGGUAUGACGGCACCGGGCACCAAGAGACAGAUCUUUGAUAAGAAGCUGGACAUGGAAACCUGUGACACUUCCAUCGUCUCACUGCAGAUGGGGACUAACAAGGUGGCAUCACAGUCAGGCAUGACUGUCUACGGGCUCCCGCGUCAAGUCUACGACAAAAAGUACUGCACUUACGCUGAAGACUACAUGGACAACGGCCAGGACCUGCAGAUCGAUGGAUACCAGUACUCUGACUAAGAUACCCACACGCUGCUGCUUUCUUUUUUUUUAUUCACUUGUUUCUUGCCCACUUUUUAAAAAAAUAUAAACCUCAUCCUGCAAGACCACGCGAACUGUUAACAGCCAUCCACCAAACCAGGACAUUAGGUCUAAUUUAAUAUGGAUUUUUUUUUAAUUAUGUUUGAUAUGUUUUUUUCUGCCACAGGCUGCCCCUGCUUCUCACUCAGAAUCGUUUAGAUUUUUUCAUUUUUCGAGUGUAGCAGCUUCCUGUCACCACUGUGCAUGACAUUCUGGUGUUUUGGACAAAACUAUUCUUCAAAAAUGACAGUGGAAAAAAAAACCUAGAAUAUUUAUGAUUUAUGACCUUUAUAGUUUGGUUUGGUUUGGUUUGAAAUAGCCCUGAAUAUCCACUACAAAAAAAAAAAAGAAAAGAAAGGUUCCACAAGGAUGCUAUGGUACUAACCAAGCACAGCGAAACUGAGGACACUCACUAACAUCUAAGAAUUCUAUCCACCUUUAUGAGAGAAGCUUUGUUGCCUAAGAGGACACCUGAGAAAUCACAACAUUAUACCAGUCGGACAUUUCAAAUCAAACCUGUCCUUUUUUAGGUUCCUGCGAUUUGCAGUCAACGUUGUGUUCUCUCUCUUUUCUUCUGUCUUUUAUACCAUAGAUGCAUGAGAAAAUGGUUCACAGAUGGACAUAUCAUUUAGCCGCGAGGCUUUAAAAUCUAAACUCUACAGGUGCAGUACAACAUGACACGAAGAAUGUAAUGUACACCACUCCAGUAUUGCAUGGCUUUUGGAAGUGUGUAAAAUUUGAUAGAUUGUUUCCAUUACAGCUAAUUACUAAAACACACUCUGUGCCUUGAAUAAUAAAUUCCUCCUGCCUCACUUCUGUUCAUAUACAGAAACACAACACAGUGCACCACAGUACAGAUUAAUAGAGUUCACUUUUUUUUUUUUUUUUUAAAGUAUGUUUCUAUGAAGUAGGUUUUUGGGAAUUUUAAAAACUUGCGUCAAGGGUUCAGAACUAGUCACAGACGGCCAGAGUCCAGCAGUGUGUGGUGAUUUCCUUGCUUAGUUAUUAACUGGCGAGCUAGAUCUGGUGCUUUCGAGCAGGAAAAUCAAACUGAGUUUAUUCAUGCAAAAUGUAGCAACAAAUACCCUACUUUCACAGAAAGAGUGUAUUUCUUUUCCUGUAUUCUGUUGUCAAACGCACGAGAGUAAAGACAUCAUUCCAUGAA